AGUUUUCAGAGCGGUACAAGUGGCAACACACUACCAAGCAGCAAGCUCAAGAUUCCAUAAUUACCCAUUCUUCCCUUGAGGAAUACUUAGCUAAUAAUUAUCCUUUAUGCAAAUAGAGCAAAGCCUGACUGAAGACGUUCAUUCAUUCCAACGUGCAAAAACAGAGCCGAACCAUUCAGUUUUCUUCACACUGCAGGAACACAUACAUGAAGUAAACACCGAGAUAAUGGAAACAGGACUUGAGGCUACCAGGAUAGAAAAGCAUGCCUCUCCCUGCUUUCUCAUGGAAAGAAAGACUCAUGCCAAGAUUAACAGGAAAGAAGUCAUGCUAGCUAAGCUGAGGAAGAGCUGCUCCUGCACCCCAAAGAAGAUGAAGAACUUUGUCAUGAACUUCCUUCCUGUUUUACGAUGGCUUCCCAAGUACCAGUGCAAAGACUAUAUCUGGGGGGAUGUUAUGUCCGGGUUAGUGAUUGGGAUCAUUUUGGUGCCCCAAGCAAUUGCAUACUCACUGCUGGCAGGUCUGAAGCCCAUUUAUAGUCUUUACACAUCAUUCUUUGCCAACAUCAUCUAUUUCUUAAUGGGCACAUCCCGUCACGUCUCAGUUGGCAUUUUCAGCUUGAUAAGCUUAAUGGUAGGACAAGUUGUGGAUCGAGAACUUCUCUUGGCUGGGUUUGACUUAAAUGAUGAUGUCCCACCAGCCCCGAGUGGUGGCUCUGAGCAGAAUGACACUCAGUCCAGCACAACUGCCUUCAACCUUACAAUUGCAGGGAUGAAUGCUGAGUGUGGGAAAGAAUGCUAUGCUAUUGGCAUUGCUACAGCUUUGACAUUUGUGGCUGGAGUGUAUCAGGUUCUAAUGGGAAUCUUUCGUCUGGGUUUCAUAUCUAUGUACCUAUCUGAGUCUGUACUAGAUGGCUUUGCAACUGGUGCUUCCUUAACCAUUUUAACAGCUCAAGUGAAGUAUCUGAUUGGAAUAAAAAUCCCACGUAGCCAAGGGCAUGGGAUGCUUGUUAUUACCUGGAUUAACAUUUUCCGGAACAUUUCUCAGGCUAAUCUUUGUGAUGUCAUCACAAGUGCCAUUUGUAUCGUGGUGCUGGUCACUGCUAAGGAACUGGGAGAUCGGUAUAAGCAUAAGCUGAAAUUUCCUCUGCCCACAGAGCUGGUAGUUAUCGUUGUGGCAACACUAGUGUCACACUACGCAAAGUUAAAUGAAGUAUAUGCAUCCAGUGUUUCUGGAGCUAUUCCAACAGGAUUUAUUCCCCCCAAGGUACCACAUUUCAGCUUAAUGCUCCGAGUUGCUAUAGAUGCUUUGCCUCUCGCCAUAGUCAGCUUUGUCUUCACUGUAUCCCUUUCUGAAAUGUGUGCAAAGAAAUACGCUUACACCAUCCGAGCCAAUCAGGAAAUGUUUGCUGUGGGCUUCUGCAACAUCAUUCCUUCUUUCUUUCACUGUUUUGCAACCAGUGCAGCUCUGGCAAAAACACUCGUCAAAACAUCUACAGGCUGCCAGACUCAGGUCUCUGGAGUAAUUAGUGCAAUGGUGGUUUUACUGGUGCUGCUUUUCUUGGCACCUCUUUUCUACUCCCUGCAGAAGUGUGUUUUGGCUUGUAUCAUCAUUGUCAGCCUCCGAGGAGCCCUGAGGAAGUUCCGAGAUGUGCCAGCACGGUAUCAUGUGAAUAAGGUGGACACGCUUGUUUGGGUUGUUACCAUGUCUGCCUCUGCCUUGAUCAGCACAGAAAUAGGGCUGUUGGUUGGCAUUGUUUUCUCCAUGCUAUGCAUCAUUGUUCGGACACAGCGGCCACGGACAACCCUGCUUGGUCAGAUCCAAGACACCGACUUUUACGAGGAUGACUUAGAAUAUGAAAAUCUCUCUUCUGUUCCAAAGGUCAAAAUAUUCCGUUUUGAGGCCCCACUUUACUAUGCAAAUAGAAACUACUUCCUGAAGUCUCUGUACAGACUGACUAACUUUGAUCCUAACCUAGAAGCUGCUAGAAGGAAGAAAUAUGAGAAAAAGGAAAAGCAGCAUCUGAAAAAGGGAGAUCACACAACUGCUAAUGGAUUGGGCACCAGAGAAACCACUCUGCAACUAGUUCCUAAGCAAAUUGAUUUCCAAGCCUUAGUUUUAGAUUGCUCUUCCAUCUCAUUUUUGGACACCACUGGAGUUAAUACUCUAAAGGAAAUCCUGAAAGACUACAAGAACUUAAAUGUUUCUGUUCUCCUGGCUUGCUGCAAUCCCUCAGUGAUAGACUCUCUGAAAAGAGGAGGUUACUUUGGGAAAGAUUUUGGAAGUACGCAGGAAAUGCUGUUUUACAGUAUACAUAAUGCUGUGCAAUUUGCAAAAGACCAAAAGCUUCCAGCAGAUUGCUCAGUUUAAUCCUGUUCCUUCCUUGAUGAUUCACUACAAAAGUGACAGACGGAAGGGGCAGUUUGCAAUAAUUACAUUAUCAGACACACUGUUGACUGUGUACAGCAAUGGGCCUACAAGCCAUCCUCCCCUGAAGAGCUUGGCUGUUUGUGAGAUGCCACAUAUAACAGCCACUGGGGAUACACUUCAGGACCAGGAUGGAACAGGUUGGAUUAUUACCUGCACCUUCACUUUAAAAUCCAGGUGAUGUGCAAUAGGGCAGAUUGUGAUUGACUUCUCUCUUGUGUCAUGAUCAUGUGUGACCACGUAUACAUCAUAAGACUGCUGCACUAGAAGGUCUGCCCAGUGUCAGCUGACUCUCCCAGUGGUUUAAUGGCUGGUUUCCGUUAAGAGGGCUAAGCCAUGAAAAUGCAAUCAAUCUAGCAUCUUGGGGACACAUUGGUUUAAAUUCUGGCUUGCAGUUUCCUGCCCCUUCCAUCAUUCUAGUUGCUCCUAAACAACUCCCACUAUUUGUAUACAAAUAAUUGUAUAAAAUAUUGUACAAUUUAGUAUGUCUCUCCACCUCAAUUACACAGCCUUAAUAACACGAACUGCCCAUGAUCCAUCACAGGUUCCUCUCAAAACUAUCACUUCCAAAAAUUACUGCUGGAGGCACCUGUGUUAUUGGCUUCAAUCUGUGGUAAUUAGUUACUGAAGGCUGUGAUACCCUUAAUGAUGCUGCAAGAAAUAUGACUCUGACACGCAAUUUUGUAACUAGUAAAAGGAUAAACAGAAUUAAGAAAAAUGAAUGGCUUUAACAGGCAGUCACACAGUUACCCAAGUAGUUGUACCAUCCUGUAAAAAUAAAAGUUGCUUCUGGUGCGCAGAUGCAAUUCAAAUUCAGGGAUACAUAGGGAUGAUCAAUCAUGAAACCUCAUAACUGUGAUGCAGCACAACAUGUUGUUCCGACAACUGCCUGCCUGGGUGCAAAGAGAAACAGGAGAAAAGAGGGUAGGGUGGGAAGGUAAAUCUGUGAUCUGCCUAGAAGGGGAGUGAUCAGUCAGUCUGAACUGGCUGGCUGGUCUCUGAUGCAACACUAAUGAAGCUUUACAGUAGCACACCUGGGCCAAGUAAAGGGAGCAAUGCUUUUUAAGUUGUGCAUCCCCAUAUGCUGGAAAAACUCCACCACUGUUUGUACAUACUACAGAUGUUUGGUGUUGGUUUGUUGUUUGUUAUUUUUUUCCUGUCAUGUUAUUCUUUGAUUUGAGGUCUACUAAACCAUGUUUUCCAAGGCUGGGUUGCUUUCUAUAAUAAUUUGCAUUAACUGCUGUUCAUUCUGCUUUGUGUCAAAUGAUACCCCCAGAGUCAGUUGUGUUAUUAUAUACAUGUUCUCUCUUUACAAAUAUGUAUAGAUUUAGAUUUUCAUUGUAACAGAGUUAGUACUCUGGCCUACGGGCAGAAUAUCCUCUCUCAUACUCAAGUUUAUCAUUACC